AUGGCAGACGAAGAAGAAGAAAUCGUCUUGCCCGAGAACCAGAUCCUUACCAUAUACGGUGGCACCGCCACCCCGGCUUCUAAGACCAAGCUGAAACAAGUCCAGCGGCAGGUGACCAGUACCCAGUCGUCGGAAAGAAGGCUCAAGUGGUCAGAAGUCCCCAUCUUGUUUGACCUUAGGGAUCAUCCCCUGAACCUGUAUGAUGGCCCACUGCUCCUGUUGGUUAUUCAACCAUACAUCGGGAAUUACAAAGCAGCCACUAUACCUACACCUAUUGUAGCAGCUCCGGUUGUGGUCAAGCCAUCAAUCCCAGAGGUCGAGAGCUCUAAAGCGGUUGAAGCUCGGUCCAAGGCACCUAUCCUGCCAUAG